AUGAAGCAGUCUGGUGCAGCACAUUCAGUCGCCUGGAAACAUCACGAACGGGAGAUUCAACUGAGUUCUAGCUUUGCCAAUCAUGUGGACCCCAUCUUGGAAGGCAAGCAGUAUCCCGACUUGUGGCAGUCUCCUAACAACUCCUCGUUCGGUUCAAAGGUUAACCCCAUCCGUGAAUGCACUACUCUGGAAGACAGCACAGAUCCCGUUGGCCGCAUAGCCGUUAUUCGAAGGACACAAGGACUUGUCUGUGAAGCCAUUUCACCAAAUUGGAACGCACCUUUCUUGUUAGAGAUUGUGGACUCUGCAUUAAUACACAAGCAAGGUUCAUUGAACUCGGUGAAGCUUUCGAAACGGGCCAGAUUAGUUUUGCCCAUGGGGAUGCUCGACACAGGCUACCCUAUACAAGAAAAUGCGUUUUCGAGAUCCAUUGUGGAUCAACAAGUUGCUCCUUCGUUCUCACGAGAGCCCACACAAGCCUCCAUAAGUGGUCCGAGAUACAGUCCUACUCAAAUGAAAGGCCAAUCGAGUUCAUCAUCACAGUUAUUUCGAAUUCAGAGCAAGGAACUUACUCUGUCUUCCUUCAUACUGAAAGGAAAGGCUAACUCAUCUUCUUUCUAUGCCACUUGA